CAUGGGAUCGAUUGGUCCCCAAAGCAGGCUACAACCUCCCGGUCGUGGUUGAGGUUCCAGCCAACGAUUCAGAUCCGGAGGCGCACGAGCAUUUCUGCUGCAAACACGCCUCCGCAAAUAAACCAAAGUACCACAACGAAGACGUCAGUGCAAGAAUCGGCCUUUUCAAAAGCAAUCUGGACACUCUCUUCAGUACCAAACCCAGCGUUCCCAAUGCGGAUCGCCUAGAACACCGCAUCCCUACAGGGACUCCUUUGUCACGGCUUAAGAAUGGCGAGACCCCAAGAAGGACAACCGCCCUUCCCAUCGAUAAGCGCAACAACCAGUCCGGGCGCCGCACCACCGUCACAGUCGAGACCUAUCUUUCCACCUCGGUGCCUUCGGAGCAGUCGGGGAUGCACAAGCUCGACUUGGAUUAUCCCGUCCUUGGAAGCUCGCCACGUUCCCCCAGAUCUUACUUCCCCGGACACCUCAACACCGAAGCUGGUGACGAUGUUCCAGAUGUACCCCGGCGGCCAAGUGCGGCCGAAGUCACAACCUCCAGCUACGUGCGAGACGAACAUAAGCGUUCCUUACGCUCUAGCAGGACACUGGUGGAACAAGACCACGGAGAGCAGUAUUCAACCGUCACCGAUACCCACGAGGACUUUAACACUGGGAAACGACGGUCGAGUACUGUCCAUGUACUUAAGGACUCCCCAGCCAAUGCACGAAAGGGGGUCAAGCCGAUCCCAGCCAUUGUCGAAGAUGAACCCCAGACCAAAGUCGAUGGGCUGAGUGCCGAAGAGCGAGAAGUCCUCCACCUCGAGGCUCGUCUCCAUGAGAAGGUCGAAUUCCAGCACCUCGUGCGCGCCACCUCGCUCGUCCGCAAGGAAGAAGACGAGAACAAGUUCUCCCGCCCAUACGACGACAACAAACUCACUCGCACAUCCUCUCUGGCGAAAAAGGCCUCGCAGUAUCGCAACUCCAGACUUCCCUCCGACCUGCCCGUCUUCACCGCCUCCCUAUCGACAUGGGCAAUGGCAUGCCGCGCCGCCCAAGCAGCACGCGACGUGUACUACUCCGAACCCUCGCGAUGGUCUCAACCGGCAAAAUACACCUCUCCAGACUCCAGUGAAGGCACCAAAGCCAUGAUCAUCGAGGACCAACUCGUCGACGGCAGCCGCGUGAUCAUCGUGUCCAUCCGCGGCACCCAAUUUCAAAGCCUCGCCGACUGGGCCGUCAACUACGCCGCGAAGCCUGUGAAACCCACCGGCUUCCUCGACGACCAUGACAAUGCAUGCCACGCGGGUUUUUUAAACGUCGCCAAAGCAAUGGUCGCUCUUGUCGCCGUGCAACUGCAGCAACAUCCCGCCUACAACUCCAAACCUACGCUGCUAUUCACGGGACAUUCAGCCGGCGGCGCCGUCGCCUCGAUCCUCUACACCCACAUGCUCUCAGAGACCAUCACGUCCGAACUGACCAGCAUCACGGCCAAGUUCUCCAGCAUCCACUGCAUGACCUUCGGCGCACCCCCCGUCUCGACCAAAACCCUACAAAAGAGCCACGACAGCACCGACAACGGCAACAAAGGCGUCUUCCUCGCCUUCGCAAACGAAGGCGACCCAGUCCUGCGCCUCAGCUCCGCCGCCUACCUCAAAACCCUCGCCCGCCUGCUCGCCAGUCCCCUGCACUCGCCUCGUGAACCGAGCAGCACAGCACCAGAGACGCACAAACAAGAUGCUCCCCCAACCAAAGGCCUAAGGAAAUACCUCCCGCACUCCCUCCGCAAAUCCCACUCCCCAGCUCCACCGCCCAACUCGCGGUCCAGCUCCCCUACUCUGUCGCUGCACAGGACCCGCUCCACAACACCACCAGCAGCAGACGAGCCGGGGGCGCCCAUCUGGCCCGUCCCUGCCGUCCCUCUAGCCAACGCGGGGAAUCUCGUGCUCCUAAGGGAAAGCAGCGCACCGCAUGUCAAGACGGGCGCGGCGGCGCACAGCGUGUGCGUAGAGGAUUUGCGCGACGCGCUGUUUGGCGAUCUGGCGCAGCAUACGCUUGACGUGUACCAUUCCCGCGUGAAUGCGCUGGCGUGCGCGGCGGUGAUGGGGACUGUGAGGUAAAAGGGUUACUUGGUGUACGUGUUUGUGCGAUCGAAAAUGGGAUGGGAUGAAAAGCUGGGAGGAGUUUGUGGUUGGUUCUUCUG